AAAAACACCAGGUAUGGCAGUACAGAGGCGGAAAGACUAUUUGACAAAAUGCCAGUGUGAAAUGGAGUCCCAGUCUGGGAGAGGGAGGUAGAGGCAACUGCCAAAAGCCAAACACCCUCUAGAGAAAAAAAAAAGAGGGAGGGUUGGAGGGUGAGCGACAGAGAAAGACAAACACUUUCCUAAUAUAGCUCGAGGAGCCUUGACACCAGACCUGGACAGGAUAUACUGACUUUCACCCAGCAGAAAAUCCAGGAGAAGCUUCCUGGUUUUCUAAAUGUCUUGUCUUCCCUGCAGCAUCUUUAUAUGGUAACCAGGGAGUGAGGACGGUCCAGGAAUUUCUGCGUGUGAUGGACAUACUCAACUUGUGGAAUGAUGACCCAGAGGAGGUUCUCUUGGACCUGGGCUUUGGUUGUGAUGAACCUGACCUCUCUGGGCGCAUCCCGGCACGAUUCAUCAAUCAUCAGUCUCAGGCCAGAGGAAUAAACCUCCAGGUCUUUCUAGAGACCCAGAAGAACCGUCUGGACUUGGAAAACCCAGAUGUCAGCAAUCGUUUUAGACAACUCGAGGUUCUCCAACAGGUAACUACAGCAUUCUCCUCCUUGGUGGGGUCUUCGUCCUCCCCCUCCCUUCCUCCUGAGACCCGGGAGAGGAGGAGGCAGAUGGGCAUGCUGUUCAGACGAGCAUCAAAGAAGUCACUUAGCCAAAUCCACAACCAUAAAACCCAGGACCUAACGACACCUGCUGCAACCUCUCCUCCCUGUGCUCCACAUGAGUCACUGCAAAUUCCACCCAGCCUUGCAGACAAGAAAGUCUCCUUAAAAAGAGUCAAACCUGGACUUCUGGAGACUGUGUGUCUGUGUCCUUUGGCAGAGGAGCAAGGAACUGGUCCAGACCGUCAGCCUCACAUGGUUUCUUCGAAAGCCUAUGAAGCACUCACACACUUGCCCCUGAUGGAAGGUCAACCCCUGAUGGUCAGCACUUUUUCACAGAGGAAGAAGAGCCUUGGGCCAGCCAGGGAAUCAUUUGAAAUAGAGGAGAUCCACAGUUUUGAUGAAUGUAGUGUCUACACGAGAGGAGCAGAAAACGUACAGGGUGUAAUACGGACCAACAGCUGCCAGUCAGACAGCAGUGGUUUUCUAGAGGAGCCCUUCAUACCUACCCUCUCUCAGCAGGCUUCACCAGGACCUGAUCACAUUAAGGCUCUGUCAGUCCUGUCAGGAGGGAGCAACGACAGCCAGAUCAGUGAUAGGCCAGGUUGGCCUUCUUCCUCUCCUACCUCACCAUCUCUCCUGCUCUCCUCAUCUUUGGCCUCUUCUAGUGUUGACAAUUCUCUCAUCUCCUCACCCUAUCCUACACCAGAUCAUUCAUUAGUCUUUGACCCUUCCCCAUCUCCUGUCUUGUUGUGUCUCCCAAAAUCUGAUGUGCAAAAUUCAGAGAUAGAGACACCACCAGAUCAGGAUCACUCUCCACCUGCUUCACCAGAGUUACAGAAUGCAUCUAACUCCCAAUCUCCAACUCCCACUUCUCCUUGCUUCCCUACAUCUCCCCCCAUGCAACCUGCCUCAGUGAUUAGAGGGUCAGAGGAGAUUCAAACUGGGGACCCCCACCCCUCUACUUUUUCUCAUGACUCUAAAAGCACAGCAUGCUCUACCUUUUCAAGUGUCCCUCUUCCUGCCUCAUCUCCUUUUCCCUCUCCAACUCCAGAUUGGGACUGUCCACUGUCUGCCUCUAUUGCUAUGUCUUUUACACAGUCUGACUCCUCCUCUAGGAUUCCAGGAAAAACACAAGUCCUCUCUUCUUCUGGUGGAUUAUCAUCUCUGCUUCUGUCCUCCUAUUUUUCUCCCUCUGCCCCUCCUGAUUUUCAUCAUCCAUCCUCUUUAGCAUCUAAAGACUAUCCACUAAUUGAAUCCCUCUUACAGAGUCUAGAAAAUAAUUUUAAAGAUUCUCUUUUCUCAGACUCGGUUGGACUUGGCAUCCCCUAUUCACCUACCGGUAAACAAAAGAAAGAGGAAGAACACACCUCCUCUCUCUCCUUUCAUUCAGACAAGGACAGUCCCCCAGUUCCAUCCUCUUUCAUUUUGCACUGCUCUAAAUUUGACAAAGGUUGUCCCACACUACCGUGCAUUUCUCCUGACGGUUCCAUUCCAUUUUGUCAAUCUACCUUGUCAUCACAACCUCAUGGUCCAGAUUGUUUUAUAGAGACGGCUUUUGGAAGGAUUUCAGACCUGACAGGGCAGUCCAUCUCCCUACAGGACAGACCAUGUUCUCAAGAUGAUAACACAGACCCUGCUCCAGCCUCUCCUGUUCAAGAUGUUGUUCAUGUUAAGAUGGGUCACCUCGCUUUGGACUUAGAGGAUACCCUUCAGAAGAAUGGAAAUGGAGAGGUAGAGGUAGAGGGUGAGAGACAUACUGACACUGUGCAGACUCGAGAGGUUGAUGUUUACAUCUCAGAUACAGAGAGUUCUGCCGGUCUGUCAGAAUGCACUAAAUUAGUCUCUGAGGAAGUCUGUAACCAAACAGAUAUAAAAACACAGGUCCCCUCCUGUAGUUUGCAUGAUGAACUUUCAGCUGAAACCAAACCAGAAGAGUUUAGAAAAGUCUUUCAAAUGGAAAUGGAUGGCACAGGAAGUGGAUCAUCAAGAAGUGUUUUACUUUUACAUGAUAAAGUUCCAAAGGAUCUAAUCGAGAUUGAGAGCUUAGAUAUGGUAUUUCAAACCUCAGUGGAUGGCUCAGAAGCUGAAAAUGGAGAUGUGGAUGCCUUUUUUGAGCAGCUUGAUACUGAAGGGAGAGCCUACUGGGCAGAACCUAUUCAGGUUUCCAAUCCAACCCAUGUGCUUGAAGAGUCUGGCAGCUUUGAAUCCUCAGAUGGAUCUUCUGAGAAUUCUCUGUUGCCUAGAGGCCAAGGUGAUUCAUUUUCAUCCACAGGUAGAGCUAUGUCUUUAGUUUGGUCAUCCUCAACAAUAAUUGACAAUGACCAAACCUUAAGUAAUGCAACUGCAUCAUCAGGCACACCUUCCUCCCCAUUCCCAUCCUCGUCCACAACCCCAGACCUCAAGCCAUCAAGCUGUUCUGUUUCUGUCCAGAUGCCCUCAGCUCUAUCUUCUCAUAUUGUCCACAGAAAGGAUGUUCCCUACAUGACUGACUCAAAAUGUACCCUUCUCCCUAGUGUUCUCCCUUUGGACACAUCCACCCCUUUCCGUGCAGUCCAGUCAUGGACAGACCGGCAGAUACAACGAAACACUCUCACCAAAAAGUUAUCACAUGGGGCUCUGCAUAUUGUCCCAAACGAAGUCACUGUAUCCACAAGUGAAUCCUCAGAAGCCACACAAACCCCUACACUGAUCUUUGCUUCGUCUUCAUCUUGCCCUCUGCUGUCUAAUGACUGGCAGUCACAUGACUGUCUCCCUGGGAUGGUUAGACAGUUCUGUACUGUGUCUGUGGAUAAAGGGCAUGGGCCUGAAGAGGAAGAAGAGGUGGACAGGAAUGGGAAUGAAGAUGAGGAGAAGCUUUGGGAGGGUAAUCAGACAGCCAACAAGGCAUGCUGCCGCUCCUGUUACCAUCAGUGCACCUGGUGUAAUCAGAAGAGUUACAUCAAGCAACACACUGUGGGAAACAGUCCUUACUCUCUGGAUGAGCUGGAGGAGAUGAUGCUUUGUCUGCAGCAGUUUCGCUCUGUGCUCAGCAAUAUGGAGGAGCAGCUGUCUGAAGACCAAGCUGCAGUUUACACAUCUCUGUCUGACCAGGACAGGGAGAAGGUUCGGGACAUAAUGGAGCUGAGGCAAAAAGUAAAACAGGAGGCUGGAGAGCUGGAGAUGCAGCUGAAUGAACUGGCCCAUCACUAUGACGACAGCUUGAAAAUGAAGAUGCACAGACUGUUGGACGAGCAGUCUCUGCUCUGCUCUCAGCUCAGAGUCUUUCUUCCUGGAACGAGUCCCACCCCCAGCAGGACAGUAGCCACUCAGUGCUGCUUGCUGCCCUGGAGCCCUCCGGCUGAUGUGCAGCAUGGCCAGGCCUCCUCCUGGAGCACCAUGAAUGUACACUCCCAGUCACAGUCACUUCUUGGAUCAGAGAGCAUCUGUGAGGGCAUGGGCUGUUUUCCCACUAAGGCAGACAAGCUGGACAUAGUGGGCUUCCUCCAGAGAGAAUGAAGCUGUUAAAGACAGAGAAGCAGAUGGUCCACCUAGAGGAUGAGGAGCAUGUGAAGGAUUAAACCCUAUCUUUUGCAGUGAUUUUGUGUCCACACUCUUAAUAAAUCCUGACCCAACAUAAAUGGUGCUAUGAGUCUACUUGCUGAUUUAUCAAGGAAAAGACACAAAAUAGUGACAUUUUGAAAUGUGGGUUUCUCAACUUGAACCAAGUUAAACGAGCAUAAGAAGAAAUACAGGGUUUUUUGCCACCAGUCCAAAAAUACCGACUUUGCUACAUUGUUAACAGCUUUUGAAAACACUCACAGAAAAGUCUACUGUGAAUGGUGCAUUGCAGUUUGUGGCGUGUGAGAGUUUUUGAACCAGGGACAGAUACACGAUACACCAGCAGCACCAACACAACCCAUGGCACACUUUACGCAAACAAGAUUACUGAACAAUAUUUUUAACAAUAACUUCCGUUAAACAGAUGUGAAACAGAACAAGGAGCGUGUUGCUAUCAGGAGGAAGCGGCUAGAAGGACAGUGGCACAAUGAUAUCUAAAAAAAAAUCUACAUCUAUCCACGGCAGAGGCUCUCAAUCCACAACCUGGAGGAGGAACUAGUAUAAAUGAGUGUAUUAGUAUAAUAGUAUAUCACGAAAUAAAAAGUAUAAUGUUCAGUAAUAGUAUAUUGUCAGUAUAAUGUUAUAUUAAUUAUUCUAGCCAUUAUAAUUUCAUAUAACAGCAUACUAUUUUACCAGUAGUUUUUUAAAUCCAGUUACAGCUGUUUCAUUUCUGUGGGUUGUUUUUAUUCAUUAAAGUUUUUUAGCCUAGUUUAUUUUUUUGUUCAUUCACAUGUUUAGUUUACUUAGUAUCUGUUUUGUCUCGUAUCUUAGUUUUAGUCCUGCAUUUUAGUUCUGUGUCUUUGUGUUUAUUCCUGGUUCUGUGCGUUUUGUUAUUUUGGCCUUGUCUGUUCAGUGUUCUGUUUGAUCCUAGUUUCUGUCUUUUUUCUGUUACAUUUGUAGUCUAUUUGUAUGAUUAGUUCUUUAUUCUGUUCUGUAUUCCAGCUCCUGUUUGUUUCUUCUAUUGUGUUAGUUGCCAGUGCCAUGUGUUCAGUGUUCAGUCUGCUUGUUUCAUGUUCUGUUUAGUUUUCAUCUAUUGAGUGUUCAGUUUGUAUGUCUGCAUUUUGGUCUGGUCUGGUCCUCAAUUGAUUUCAUCUGCUUGCCUGUGCUUGUAUUCUGUCUAAUUACUUCAUGUCCUCCACCUGGUCUUGUUCCUGCCCUGCUUGUUACUUGGUGUUUAAAUGUUUGCUUGUUCUGUUCAGUCUUUGUUACGUCCUCAUUGUAUGUGAGUUAUUGUUUUAUUGUUGUUCCCUUUAGGAUUCCCUACCUUUGGACUUACCCCCUGGAUUGAACUUUGUAUCUUGUUUUUGGUUUUUCCUUGUGGAUUAUGUUUCGGGUUGGAGUAUCCUUUGGUUUGGACAUUUGCCGCUGUGCUCCCAGCAUAAGCCUGUUUAGUUUGUUUAAUAAAUCUUUAUAUUGAAAUGCAA